AUGGAAUAGUUAAUUUAAAACAAUCUAAGACAGGAUAUUUAAUCCCUUAGUAAUUCAAAUUAUAGUAAUUCUCAAGACUAAAUUAAAUAGAUAAUUAGAUUUCAACUAAAAUAUUAGCAUUAUUAGAAUAUGGAUUAUAUAAAUAAGUAAUUGAAAAGAGUGAGAAGAAAUAAAUAAUAAGUUCAGGAAAAUUUUUACCUACUUAUAGACUUGUAUUUUUAUUUCAAUAUUAUAAAGAGUAUAUUUAUUUAAUUCUUUUAAAAACAUAAAUUUGUAUAAGAAAUUAUCAAGCUGUCAAAUAUUUUUGACAAAUAAUUCGAUAUACAUUAAGAUCAAUAAAUGACCAUUUUUAAAUAAUACUAUUUAGUGACCUUGGUUGAAUUGGUAGAUAUUCAAGAAGUUAUGAAAGAAACAAAUAAUAUUUUUAAUUAAUAAACAAGAAAGGUAGAAUCAAAUCAUUAAUUAUUGUAUAGACUAUCUAAGAUGAAUUAUAUUUGGUUGAAAAAUCGAAAAGAGGGAAAACUCAUUAAGUAAAUUAAAUAAACAAUCGAGCUCAAGGGCAUCAUCAUCAGUAGCUAACAAUAGAGAUUCCUAAGCACAAAUGAAAUCAUUUUUCAAAAAUUAUUGGACGAAAGGAAUUUGUAUUAAUUUUAGUGUUAUUUCUAAUUUUUUGUUAUUCAUUAAAGAAGAGAAGUGAUAUGA